AUGGCAUCCAAAUUAUCAUGGAGACUCCUUACACAGCGAGCGACGACCCGUCGCAGCGCAAUUGCACUUCCAGACCAGUACCGCUGCUUCUCCUGUUCGAUACGUGCCAGUCAACAAUCACCGUCCACCCAGAAAUCCGAGGCGGAAUCUCGAAUGACACAUUUCGGAUUUGAGAAUAUUCCAGAGGCUGAAAAGGAGCAACGCGUCGGUGCCGUGUUUAGUUCCGUCGCAAGUUCCUACGAUACCAUGAACGAUCUCAUGUCCCUGGGCAUUCACCGACUAUGGAAAGACCAUUUCGUGCGUUCACUGAAUCCCGGCUCACCUUCAAUGCUCUCUCGAUCUGCCGACGACAAGGAAAAGGGCUGGAAUAUUCUCGACGUCGCCGGCGGUUCAGGCGACAUUGCAUUCCGCAUGCUGGAUCAUGCAACCAACAUCAACAACGACCGGGACACCCGCGUCACUGUCGCCGACAUCAACGCCGACAUGUUAGCAGAAGGCCGCAAACGAAGCCUCGAUACGCCGUACUACAACACGAAACGAUUAUCAUUCAUGGUCGCGAAUGCAGAACACAUGCCCCAAGUCCCUGACAACUCGGUCGAUCUAUAUACCGUCUCGUUCGGCAUUCGCAACUUCACCGAUAAACAAGCCGCGCUCAACGAAGCGUACCGAGUGCUCAAACCCGGCGGCGUCUUUGCAUGCAUGGAGUUUAGCAAAGUGCAAAACUUUGAUCUGUUUAAUGAGGUGUAUAAGAGGUGGAGCUUCAGCGCUAUUCCGUUGAUUGGACAUCUCGUGGCUGGCGAUAGGGCGAGUUAUCAGUAUCUGGUGGAGAGUAUUGAGAGAUUUCCGAGCCAGGAGGAGUUUAGGGCUAUGAUUGCAAAGGCGGGAUUUGUGAUUCCGGGGAGGGGGUAUGAGAAUUUGUCGUUUGGGAUAGCGGCGAUUCACAGGGGGGUCAAGCCUCUGCCUAACACUGUAUAA